AUGGAGGCGCGGUGUUAUGACAGCUCGGAUACAAGUGAUAAAAAUAACCUCCAAAAUUAUAUUGAAGAAAACAUAAGUUCAAAUUUAAACACGGCAAUAAAUCUUGCACCAGAAGAAAUAUGCAGGGAAGUCCAGGAGCUCAAAAGUUCAGACAAAAAUGAAACAAGGCCAACAGAAAAUAAUCUGACAAAUGAUAGAUUAAAAACCGAAAUCUCAAUUUUACACAACACUAGUAAAUUUACACAAGAUGUGCCAACAAUAUCCGUGGAAUUGCCAAAAUCCCAUAUGGAGAAAAUUAAGAAAAAAGUGGAUGAUAAUAACCCUCGGUACAACUGUGAAUAUGAAGGAUGCGGCCGGACCUACAGCACAAUUGGCAAUCUGCGAACCCACAUGAAGACACAUAAAGGUGAAUACAGAUUCGUGUGCCCCAUGACGACUUGUAACAAGGCGUUUCUGACAUCAUACAGCCUGAAAAUCCACGUUCGAGCCCACACCAAAGCGAAACCCUUCAUAUGCACGAUAGCCAAUUGUAACAAAGCAUUCAACACGUUGUACAGACUGCGCGCACACCAAAGACUGCACAGCGGCGACACUUUCAACUGCCAGGCGGGAGGAUGCACCAAGUAUUUCACUACGCUCAGCGACCUCAAGAAACACAUUCGCACGCACACACAGGAGAGGCCGUACAGAUGUCUAAUAGACGGGUGUGGGAAGUCUUUCACCGCGUCCCACCACCUCAAAGCCCACUCCCGCACUCACUCAACGUCCCGGCCCUACGUGUGCGAUGCCCCAUCGUGCGGGAGACUCUUCACCAUGCUCACCAGUCUGAGGGCGCAUAUGAAGAAGCACCAACUCGAAUCGGAAGAAUGUACGUCCACGUCGGAAGUCACUACCGCGCCAAACGAUGUCCCAAAUUCCGAACUCAUGAAUUGGGACAGCCUCUUAGAGUCCUUCGGCAGAAUAACGACAGAAUCUAAUUCUGAAAGCAGCCUAGAACACAUUACCAACGUCAUCAAACCCCUACCUCCUACGAACAUAGAUAUAACGGAAUUGCUUUUCGAUAACGCGACUAAUGCAAAUAACACCGAAAAUAUACCUGUAGAUUAUGACAUAACUAACCUAGACGAUCUACCGCAGUUCGGAUCUUCCAAGAUAAACCCUCCAACGAAUCCGUGGGUCGAUGUUAGCAAUCUGCAGCCUAUUCAGCCGGUCCAGGCUUCCGACAAAAUUGGGGUUAAAUCCAGGGCUAUGCAGCUGGCUCUAGCCAAUGAGGUGGAGGUGCAAGCUCCUUGGGUGGACGUCACAGCCCUGGCGUCAUCGAUACAAGAAACUCCAGUCAGCAUCGAAGACAAGUCCCCUGAAAGUAUAUUCACCCUAGCCACCUUCGUUCCGACGCACAUGCAGAGCUACAUAGAUCUCAACACUGCUCCCACCGCUAACCUGGUCUCCUCCACCACCUUCAAUUUGGACACGCCAAACAUAAUCGACGUUAGCGACAAAGUCUUCAACGAUAGCCAGUUGGUGACCAACUUGGAUAUGAGGGAGGCUAGCACGUUCCAAGUGAACGAUAAGGUUGCCGAAGAUAGAUGUCUCAACACUCCCUCGCCUCUACACGUGCAGCAGAAGAUCGAAAUCAAUCCAGCCAACUCUGUUCUCUUCAAUACGGAUCUAGAUCUCGAGGAAACGCUGCUGUUUAACAACGAACCACCUUCCGAUAUGUACGUGGUGAAAACAGAGAACAUCUUCGGAAAGCGGAUGGGCAGGAAUCCUCUAGAGCAGCUCACAGCCGAUGUAGGCAUUUGUUCCUGCGUGGAAUGCAAGUGCGAAGCCGACGAUGGGGAGUGCAGGGAUUGCGACGACCACAAGAAGCCCGGGACCCCCUGCAAGGAGGACAAGUGCUCCUGUGUGGAUUGCAAAUGCGACCACGCGCAAAUGAAGUGCGCAAUCGGCUGCGGUAAAGCCACGGACAACAAUCACAACACCUUCAUCGACUACCACAGAAGGCAUAACGAAACCCAUCUCGAAGAAUUUGGGGUGUAUACCCACAAUACGGAUGAUACUCUAGUCGGGAUGAUGAACAACAUGAAGUGUUGUUGUUCCAGCGACGCCGGUUGCUCGAACGGUGGCUGCACAAAAGAUAGCAGUGGGAGUGCCAACAAAUCCUGCUGUGUUACAGUUUGCCUGAAAAACCUGGACUCGUUGAGACAAUACUUCGAACGAGACGUGAUGGUGGCUCUCAAAACUCAAAACCUUACUAACUGACGCGCUUGACUGCAUUUAACUUUGUACAAAGCCUAGUUCCUAGAGUAGUUAGUAGGCAAAGGGUGAUAAAAAGUGCCUUAUAAAAUUAGAAUAGUGUCAUACGGGCACGGAUUUGUGUCAUCGGAGAAAUGACUCGUAGUCAUAAUAUGGCGGACUCACGAUAUUCGGUUAAGUAAUGUCAAGUCAAUGUUAGUCGUGACUCGUGAUCAUAAAGUUAAU